UUGGACACAGAAGCCGAUUUUAAUCCAGCCUGCAGUUGUUGUCGACCCCUAGUGCUGUGGGAGGAUGUCUACAAAGACUGAACUGCAUUUCCGGCUGGACAGCCAGCUGACAGAGGUGAUGCGCCUGCGGGUCCAGUCCCUGCAGCAGCGCAGCCAGAAGCGGCAGGAGGGCGAGCGCUUGCUGAGGCCCAACGAGGCUGUGUACCGGCUGGACUUCUCCAAGCAGUCGCUCCGCUUCUCCCACUGGACGGUGCGGCUGGCGCAGCCAGGGCGCCUCACCAUCACGGCCACCUCGCAGCUCUGGACGCCGGAUCUCACCAACCUGAUGACGCGCCAGCUGCUGGAGCCCGUCGGUGUGUUCUGGAGAACGGCUGCCGAGGACGCGCCCGCUCAGUGCUACGAGGCGGACGCGGCUGAGUUCGGGGAGAGGAUCGCAGAACUGGCCAAGGUGAGGAAAGUGAUGUACUUCCUGUUUGCUUUUGGAGAAGGAUGCAGCCCUGAGAGUGUCGACUGCUCCAUCACCUUCAUGGUGGACACUUAA